UAACAAUAAGGUCUGAACCACCAGAUUAAUUAACAUACAUACAGAAUGUUAAAACCUCAACUAUCUCGCUCUAGCACAUGCCAAACCUUAGUACAAUGUCAUAAUUGGACCACUUUCCUCUCCGGCAGCAGCAGCGGGAUAGCCUUGCCGGCUGGCCGGACUUUUCCGCUGAUGCCAAAAGGGAGAAAGUUGCACAACGAUACCUGCCUCCGAGGUGGCUCUACCACCACCACCACCGUGAAGGCGGUGGCCGGCACCACCACUUUGAAGAAGGUGGCCGGCACCGCUAAUACUACUGCCGACGUAGAGAUUGCGAAGGGUACCAUCUAUGUGCGAUUAACUGAAGGGAUCCUGUCGAGUUUUAAGUUCGCUGACGUCAUCAAUGGUUCUAUCCUUUCAGAAAACUUACAAAACGUCGUCAUCGAUUUGCUCGGGAAACCUAUUCUCGUGGAGGUUGUCAGCUCGGAGUUGGACACCGAGACUGGAUUGGAGAAGGAGACAAUAAAGGGUUAUGCACGCAAGAAGGAGAGGAAGGACAAUAUGGUGAUUUAUGAAUGGGAAUUUAAUAUCCCUAUGAACUUUGGGGAGAUCGGCGCAAUUUGGGUUGAGAACUUGCGCCGAACCGAGAUGUUCAUCACGAACAUUGUUAUUGAACCACUCAACAUGAGCUCCAUAAACCUCUCUUGCGACUCGUUUGUAGCAUCCAAGUUCGAUAAACCGGAGGAGAAGAGGAUCUUCUUCACCAACAAGGCAUACUUGCCAUCCAAGAUGCCCGAAGGGCUUAGAAGGUGUAGAGAAGAGGAGCUUGAGAAAGUCAGGGGAGACGGCGCAGGCGAGCGCAAAUUCUACGAUAGAAUCUACGAUUACGACGUUUAUAAUGAUCUUGGAAACCCCGACUCUGAUCCCAACCAGAUAAGGCCGGUCCUUGGAGGGAAGGUUAACCCUUACCCUAGGCGUUGUCGCACUGGCCGUGGCCGAAGCAAAACCGACCCUAAAUCUGAGUCGAGGAAUGGCUCAAUGUACGUGCCAAGAGACGAGGCGUUUUCGGAUUUUAAGAAUGCGACAUUCACAUUAAAGACAGUAAGUUCGGUGUUGCCCGCUGUAUUUCCAACCUUAGAGACACUUGUUGUAAACAGCAAACUAGGGUUCCCCUACUUCACGGCUAUUGAUACCCUCUACGAUGAUGAAGCCACCGUUCAGAAACUCAAGAGCAGCGACAAUUGGUUCAAAGACGCCAUUCUGACUCUACUCAAGUUCAUCUCGACCCUAGGAGACAAUAUUCUCCUGUUUGAUACCCCUGAAAUAUACGACAGAGAUAGAUUUGCAUGGUUUAGAGACGAGGAAUUCUCUCGACAGACACUUGCAGGAAUCAACCCAAUGUCCAUAGAGUUGGUCAAGGAAUGGCCAUUGAAGAGUAAACUUGACCCCAAGCUCUAUGGUCCGGCUGAAUCCGCCAUCACCACAGAAAUCGUCCAAAAAGAGAUUGGAGGCAUCAUUACUGUCGAAGAGGCAGUAGAGAAGAAGAAACUGUUCGUGUUAGACUAUCAUGACCUGUUAAUGCCAUACGUUAAAAAGGUAAGAGAGAUAGAUGAUACUACGCUCUACGGCUCAAGGGCUCUCUUCUUCCUCACGCCAGAAGGUGUCCUCAGGCCCUUAGCAAUCGAGCUGGUCGUCCCUCCUUCGGACGACGGGGAAACACCACAGUGGAAGGAAGUCUUCAUACCCCUUUCAGGCGACUCAACCGCAUGUUGGCUUUGGCGCCUUGCCAAAGCUCACGUCCUCGCCCAUGACAGCGGCGUUCACCAGCUAGUCAGCCACUGGUUGAGGACUCAUUGUUGCGUGGAGCCUUAUAUAAUCGCCACUCAUAGACAACUAAGCACUGCCCAUCCCAUCUACAAGCUGUUGCAUCCUCAUUUCCGUUACACCAUGGCCAUCAACGCUCUGGCUCGACAAGCCCUCAUCAAUUCCGAAGGGAUCGUUGAAGACUCCUUCUCCCCACGAAAGUAUUCGAUCGAGAUCAGUUCUGUUGCUUAUGAUAAGCUAUGGCGUUUCGACCAUGAAGCUCUGCCUGCAAACUUGAUCAAUAGGGGAUUGGCGGUGGAGGACCCGAGCGCUCCACACGGACUCAAAUUGGCGAUAGAAGAUUACCCGUUUGCGAACGAUGGACUUCUCAUUUGGGAUGCGAUUAAGCAAUGGGUUACAGACUAUGUAAACUUCUACUACCCUGAAUCCAAACUAGUGCAAGAUGAUACAGAGCUACAGUCAUGGUGGGAGGAGAUAAAAACUGUCGGCCAUGGAGAUAAGAGUGGUGAGACGUGGUGGCCAGAGCUUAACACCCAAGAUGAUCUAAUUGGGAUCCUAACAACGAUAAUAUGGGUUCCGUCAGGGCACCAUGCUGCUGUCAAUUUUGGGCAAUACCCAUAUGCUGGUUACUUCCCAAACAGGCCAACAAUAGCAAGAACAAAAAUGCCAUCGGAGAUUCAAGAAAGCGAAUAUUGGAAAAACUUCAUUGCUAACCCGAUAGGAGCCCUUCUGCAGUGCUUUCCGUCGCAGCAACAGGCCACAACGGUUAUGGCUGUGUUAGACGUUCUGUCGAACCACUCUGUAGACGAGGAGUAUAUUGGGGGGAAGAUUGAGCCUUCGUGGGAGGAGGAAGGGGUUAUAAAGGCAGCCUUUGAGCGGUAUAGUAGAAGGGUGAAGGAGAUUGAAGGGAUUAUUGAUGCUAGGAAUCUUGAUUUGAGUCUCAAGCAUAGAAGUGGGGCUGGAGUUGUACCUUAUGAGUUGUUGAAGCCAUUUUCAAAGCCUGGUGUUACUGGCAUGGGUGUCCCUAAUAGCAUUUCCAUAUGAUGAACUUUUAAUUACAACCCAAUCUUUCCACACUUUAUCUUCAUUUCUUAUGAUAAUUAAUUACAUCUUAUCCAUUUUAGGGUUUCA